GCCAUUCCUACAUGGCUCAUAUCGCAUUGCGGAUCGAAAACGUUGCUGAAGCUAUUGUGGAUGGAUUCCUUGUCACUUGCUCUUAGUUUAACAAGAAAGGUUUAAAAUUUUAGCGGCAAUGGAAACUGUUAUUGAGCAACAGCGUCGCUACCACGAGGAAAGGGAACGGAUUCUUGAUGCAAUGACCCAAGAAUCAUUAUUGAAGAAGCAAACAUUAAAAGAGCAAAUAAACUCAGAUCAUAGAAGUCGUGUUUUGCUAGAUAGAUAUUGUGAUAUAUCAGAGAAACUGGGAAAUAUUUAUGAAGAUAAAGAUGGAUUGAGAAAAGAGGAGAUCAACUCAAUUGCAGGUCCAAAUGAAUUUGCAGAAUUUUAUGGACGAUUGAGAUUGAUCAAGGAAUACCAUCGUAAAUACCCGAAUGAGGUUGCUGAGCCUAUGCAGAUGGAGUUUCUAAAAUUAAAAGACAUGAGAGAGAAAUCUGCAGAAGACCAAGAUCUACUUCCAGAUUUCACAGACGAAGAAGGUUGUGGCAAAUACCUUGAUCUGCACGAAGUUUAUACUCUCUACCUUAAUCUGAAAGGAAUAGAAUCCAUUGAUUACCUUACAUUUCUUGCAAUCUUUGACCACCUGUUUGAUAUUCCAAAAGAGAAAAAGUCACAAGAUUACCGUAAAUACCUGGAAACCCUACUUGAUUAUUUAUAUGACUACAUAUCAAGAGCCAAACCAUUGCUGAACAUUGAGAAAGAAAUGCAGGAUGCUGUUAAUGAAUUUGAAGAAAGCUGGGAAAAGGGAACAUUCCCUGGCUGGCCUAAAGAAAGUAGCAGUGUCCUCACACACACAGGUGCCCAUUUGGAUUUGUCAGCUUUUUCAUCUGCAGAAGAACUUAUGUCACUUGGCUUGGAUCGUCUUAAAUCAGCAUUACAGGCAUUGGGCUUAAAAUGCGGAGGAACUUUGGAAGAAAGAGCCCAAAGACUAUUUUUGACUAAAGGAAAGUCAUUGGAAUCAUUGGACCCAUCAUUGUUUGCUAAGUCAAAAAGAAAAGGCAAGGCUACUGAUUAUGUGCAAAAACAAAAGGAGAUUGCCAUGCUUGAAUCACAGACUUAUAAACUUGUUGAGAUAUUGGGUGAGGAGCGACAGGCAACACGUGAAAACGUGGAAAGAAAGCAGGCUCGUACAUCUGAUGAGCUUGAAGAAGAUGAAGACGCAGAGGGUGCAGGAAAUGACGAGUCUGAUGAUGAAGAAGAGCAAGUGCUUUACAAUCCUAAAAACCUUCCUCUGGGUUGGGAUGGUAAGCCAAUACCAUACUGGCUCUAUAAACUGCAUGGCUUAAAUAUCUACUACAACUGUGAAAUCUGUGGCAAUUUUAAAUACCGUGGUCCCAAGGCCUUUCAGCGGCAUUUCGCAGAAUGGCGACAUGCACAUGGGAUGCGUUGCCUCGGGAUACCGAACACUGCUCAUUUCGCCAACGUCACUUUAAUCGAGGAUGCACUGGCCCUUUGGGACAAGCUCAAAGACUCAAAAGCACGCGAACGUUGGCAGCCUGAUCAAGAGGAGGAAUUUGAAGAUUCUUCUGGUAAUGUGGUCAGCAAAAAGGUUUAUGACGACCUUCAAAGACAGGGACUCUUGUAGCGUUUUAUCAAGCAUAUAGGCGACAUUUGUGGCAUUAAGUACAUGCAGUUUUAAUUAAGGAUAACUGACUUGAAAAGUAGCUGAGUCGAGUAAACUAACUUUACUUACGGUUUUAUGAAACAAAAUUUGAACAGCCUCCGACCUUUUUCUUCUUUUCUUUCUUAAAAAGAAGAGGUGAUAGUUUUUUUGUUUGGAGGCCUGGAUAUACUCCAGUGUUGCCGUAAAAAUUCUUGCAUUGAAGUCAAAUGGUAAUUAUUUCUGACCAUAAAGGAGAACAUUGAACAACUCUUUGCUUGAAAGAUUUACCAAGCCAUGAUGCGACAAUAUCGCAUUUACAUUUUCGAAAAGACUACGUCAGUUUACAUCGUAAGUAUUGCAGAGCAGAAGAUAGUGCUCCGGUCUUCAACACCAUCAUCUGUUGGGCAUAUCACUUGUUUGUGAUUUUUGAUAUUUUUGGGCCUUUAUUUUUGGGCGAUGUACUAGAUUAAAAGGUAAAGUACAAGUUAUUUUUAAAGGGUUCCUAUGCAACUCUAACAAAGUUUCAUGGAAUUUUACUGCAUCGACUUACCGAUUUGCAGUUUGAGAAAGUCAUAUAUAGAAGUAAGAGAAUUAAAUGCUUAGCGAAAAACGAGGAAAAUUUGACAAUGACGAAAUUUUAUUCUAUUCUACGUUUUGACCACUGAAAUUGUAUUUUCAUUCCAGAUUCGAUUGCAUUUCAACAGAAUAAGUUGCUGAGUUAUACUGACUCAGGCAUGUGAAAUAUAAAAGCUCAAACUGCUCAUAUUUGUUUUAUUAUAAAAACAAAGUUUAAUGGAAUGCAAGCAUUAAAAAUUUGUAACAGUUACGAAUAUAUCUAUUAUACCAAGAGAAAAUAAGAAUACU